AUGAGGGGCCGCAGGGGCGAUCGCAUGACCAUCAGCAUCCAGGAGCACAUGGCCAUCAACGUGUGCCCCGGGCCCAUCCGGCCCAUCCGGCAGAUCUCAGACUACUUCCCUCGCCGCGGCCCAGGAGGGCCCGAAGGGGGCGGCGGCGGUGGGAGCCGUGGGGAAGCCGCAGCCCACCUGGCCCCGCUGGCCCUGGCGCCCCCGGCUGCCCUGCUUGGGGCCACUACUCCCGAGGAUGGAGCUGAGGUGGAUAGCUACGACUCAGAUGAUACCACUGCUCUGGGCACUUUGGAGUUUGACCUCCUCUAUGAUCAAGCCUCCUGCACUCUGCACUGUCGAAUCCUCAGGGCCAAGGGCCUCAAGCCCAUGGAUUUCAAUGGCCUAGCUGACCCCUAUGUCAAGCUGCAUCUUUUGCCUGGUGCCUGCAAGGCCAAUAAGCUAAAAACAAAGACUCAGAGAAACACGCUGAAUCCUGUGUGGAACGAGGACCUGACCUACAGCGGAAUCACAGACGAUGACAUCACUCACAAGGUGCUCAGGAUCUCCGUCUGUGAUGAGGACAAGCUGAGCCACAAUGAAUUCAUUGGGGAGAUCCGAGUACCCCUGCGCCGCCUCAAGCCCUCACAGAAGAAGCAUUUUAACAUUUGCCUUGAGCGUCAGGUCCCGCUGGCUUCACCCUCUUCCAUGUCAGCAGCACUGAGGGGCAUCUCCUGUUACCUGAAGGAGAUUGAGCAGGCUGAGCAGGGCCCUGGGCUGCUGGAAGAGCGAGGGCGGAUCCUGCUGAGCCUUAGCUACAGCUCGAGGCGCAGGGGCCUGCUGGUGGGUGUCAUCCGCUGUGCCCACCUGGCUGCCAUGGACGUCAAUGGCUACUCUGAUCCUUAUGUGAAGACGUACUUAAGACCAGAUGUGGAUAAGAAAUCCAAGCAUAAGACGUGCGUGAAGAAGAAGACUCUAAACCCAGAAUUUAACGAGGAGUUUUUCUAUGAGAUGGAGCUCUCCAUUCUGGCCACCAAGACUCUGGAAGUCACGGUCUGGGACUACGACAUUGGCAAAUCCAACGACUUCAUAGGUGGCGUGUCCCUGGGGCCAGGCGCCCGAGGAGAGGCCCGGAAGCACUGGAGUGACUGUCUGCAGCAGCCGGACACAGCCCUGGAGCGCUGGCACACCCUGACCAGUGAGCUGCCCCCCGCCGCUAGCGCUCUCCCCUCGGCCUGAGCGGGCAGCAGCUGCCCAGCACGAGCCCUCUGGGCAGGGUCCAGUACCCAACCUACGCACGAGUGUGUUGCACGUUUACAUGAGGCCUCUGCCUCUGCCCUGCACUACCUGUCUUAUUUUUGUGAGAGUCUCCGUGACCGUGGGUCUGUCUUCUUGUGAGGGACUGGGGAGAUCUAUAUUCACAUAUGCAAACUUCCUGCCUGCAAAUAUGCAAACCACCUCCAUGCACACGGGAGGGAAGUCCUGCUGACACCCCCCCCCUCCACCUGCCCACCCUGCUGCCUCUCUCCUGCCUCUCCAGGCUGCCCCGACCCCCACCCCACAGGGAGGAGGUCGG